AUGAGUGGGGAUGAUUUGGAUCUGGAGAGGAUGAACUUUGAGAGUGAGAGAACCAACCGUGGGACCCAUGGUUGCCACGACAAGGCGGUGCUGCUCUAUGAAUACGUGGGGAAGCGGAUCGUGGACUUGCAGCACACGGAAGUACCGGAUGCCUAUCGAGGGAGAGGAAUAGCCAAGCACCUCGCCAAGGCAGCCCUGGACUUUGUGGUGGAGGAGGACCUGAAAGCUCACCUGACGUGCUGGUACAUUCAGAAAUACGUCAAGGAGAACCCGCUGCCGCAGUACCUGGAACACUUGCAGCCUUAAGGCAGGACAGCUCUGACACCAGCGCGCCUGUCCCUGACUGUUCAAUGCGGCCUUUGCUUCUCUGCGGUCUCAGGAAACCCCGCUCCCACACUCACAAUUCUCACUUUUUUUAAGCACAUCCAUGUGGUGCAUGAGUGUGGGCACGGCCUCCUCCUCUCUGCCCACGUGUGAGCAUGGCUACAGCCCCUGGACCAGGCUGGCUCUGGGCACGCGUGGUGCCUCCCAGUGCUGCUCUUCCCAAGCCAGGGGGUGGAAGAGGAUGAUUUUUCCACCGAACUCCAUCACAAAACCAAGGGAUGACUUGCUCUGCGCCUCAUCCUCUCCCCUGCGCUUGGUGACAGCUGUGAACUGGCUCGGGGAUGUUGGUUAGGGGUGGUUGUGGGGUACCAGUCUCCCUUUUCUCCCGGCAACUGGGGGAGAUGCUGUGGAUUAAGCCUUGUGGGACAGAAGGCGGUGCUGGAGGAGGCCCAGCCCCAUGACAGGUUCAUCCCCUGCAGCAUCUGCUGGGCACUGAGCCUUGCCCAAGCCCACGUGGGAUAGAGAUGAGAACGUGUGGGCCAUGGUGGUGCCUCAGGGGCUUUGCUGCGCUGGCUGUGGAGACACUGGGAUGGUGACACCUUCGAGCCUAGAGGCAGGAGCCGUGUUGAGCAGUGGGCUUUGGCUACAGGGGCUGCAGCAGAGCAUAUGCUGUGUGAGCGUGUGGAGGAAGAAAGGCAGCUGAGUUGCAGAUGCUGCUCCCUGGAGAUGCCAGCUCCUGCCCAGCCAUCUGUACAUAGCCCCGGCGUGGCAUCCCUGCAGGAUCACAGGCCAUCGUUGCUGUCUCUGCUUCCUGCUAUCGGUGUUGUCCGUGCUGGUGUGGACAUGGCCAGCUCAGAAGAGCACUAGCCCCAACAGCCAGCCCUGGCCUAAGCAACGAGGGGACGUCUCAUGCUUUUGCAGGCACCAGGGUGGUUUCUUGCAGCUGAAGAGGAAGGCUCCCCCAUCUCCCUUGACUCCAGCUCUGCACCCCUGUCUGUGCCCCAGAUCAUAAGGCCUGAGCUGUCAUCACAUCCUGAGAGCACUGGGGGUAAGGCCUUUGGGUCCUGGUCCUGGCCCAUCUCCAGGGCUCACCUGGAUGCCAAUUGCUUCUUCUUACGGCCUUUGGAAAGAAGUCCUGGCUCAGGGCAUUACCUGUCAGCUCACUGGACUCCUCGCAGCUCCAAGCCCAGGGUGCUGGCCGCAUCGUAGGGUCCUCAGCCAGCAGCAGGAACACCCUCGCAUCCUGCUGUUAACUCUGCGGAUGAUAACCUCGUAGCACAGCUCCGCACUGCCACAGUUGGAUGUAGAGGUAACACUGUGAUGGCAGGGCAUUGCCUGGCUCCCGCUUGCUGCAAUUCCUGCCUUGCCCAGGCUUUCCAGGGCCUGAGUGAGAUCCCAGAGCAUCUCCCCCAAGCUCUUGAGAUUUCGUGGUGUCCCAGGGCUGGGCUGCAGCGGGGGAGACAGUGCUGCUGGCACGCCAGCCCUGAGCAGCUGCUGGGGGCUGCAGCCAGGCAGAACGAGCUAAAGAGCCUUUCACCUGGAGGCUAAAUCUGGAUCUAGCUUCUCUCUCAGCAGGGACUAAAGUUUACAAUCUAUGCCACGGACCGAAUGAAGCCCCGGCCAAGAGGCAGCUCAGCCCUCUCCCAGAACCCAGCACGAAGUCCAUGGAGGCAAAGGCAAAAGCUCCUACAACCUUCUGUCCUGGUUGGGUUGGUGAGAGAUGGAGACCCUGUGCCUGAUCUCAGCCAGGGAGGCCCUGAGCUAUUCCUCCCGGCCACUGGCUCGAGGCAAAGCCCUGCUGCUUGCCUGUGAUUGUGGGCCUCCCACCGCCAACAUAACGCAGCCCUCUGCCCACAGGCUUGAGUAAAACCUCCCAAACUCCAUCCAUCCCCUGCCACGCUACAGGCUGUGAGACGCCUGCCCGUGUCCACCACCUGCCUGGGGAGGGACCUGUGCCCGGCGGCAGACCCACCUCCAGCUCGUGCUGCUCAGGAAAGGCAUCGGGCUCAGCCCUGCCGCUGCCUCGUGCUUCUGCCCUCUUGCUGCCUGUUUCAGUCUGGCUGCAACCUUCAGGAUGGUUUAGAGGGACUGGGAAAGGGUCGCAGGUAACCAGCUAAAGAAAAGGAACUCUAGAAGAAAUCUGGGCUGCUAAAUGUUCACUGUAACAUGCAAAACACACUUCAACAUCUAGUCACAGGAGCAAGUCUGGCUCUGUUAUAGCCAAGGGAUGACAGAACCAUCCCUGCUUUUGAUCCCAAGGUGAAGCUGAACCAUUUCCUCUCCUGCAAGCCAAGAUAAGACACCAUCGUAUCUUUCUCACAGUGGGGCUGGGUGCUUGGAAGAGAUGUGUGCCUGGUUGCCUCGUGGGAGCAACAGCAUGAGCGCAGUGCUGCAAGCCUGUGCCUGGUUUUGUGCUCCUUUCCACUGUGACAGUUCCUAGAAGUACCCCGUUGUGUCUGCCACGUGAGAGCGGCUCGUUGUGGGGUGUGC